UCCAUAUUGGAUUUCAGACAACAUGGCAUCUGUUGAACCUCAAGAGGAGUUACGGAAUGACACAGAAGAACAAGUUGAUGAAGUAGAAGAAGUUGAAGGAGAAGAAGAAGAUGAAUCUUUAUCACCAGAACUCUUAAUCAAACAUCCACUUCAAAACAAAUGGGCCUUGUGGUUUUUCAAAAAUGACAGAACGAAAGAAUGGACAGCGAAUCUAAAAUUGGUUACGGCAUUUGAUACUGUAGAAGAUUUCUGGGGAUUAUAUAACCAUGUACAGAAAGCAAGCAAAUUGCCCUCAGGCUGUGAUUACUCAUUAUUUAAGGAUGGUAUUCAGCCAAUGUGGGAAGAUGAUGUUAAUAAAGAUGGAGGAAGAUGGUUAAUAAAUUUAGAAAAAAAUAAACGAUCAACAGAUUUAGAUAAUUUUUGGUUGGAAACGUUAUUAUGUUUAAUUGGUGAAGCAUUUGAAGAUUUUAGUGAAGAUGUUAAUGGUGCUGUUAUUAAUAUUAGAAAUAAAGGAGACAAAUUGAGUUUAUGGACGAGGGAUAGUAGGCGACAGGAUGCUACCAUGAAAAUAGGAAGAAAAUUAAAAGAGAGACUACGAAUACCAAACAAAUUAGUAAUAGGAUUUCAGGCACAUAGAGACACCAUCUCAAAAUCAGGAUCCACAGCAAAAGAUAGAUACAGAGUAUAACAGUAGCUUUUCCGUGGAGGAGUGAUUGUUUUGUGUGAAAGAUGACAGUACAUCUCUUUAUAGAUAAUAUUUAUUAUACUGUAAACCAAAUGUUGAUUUAAUUGUAUUUUAUGGAAGAUAAAAUGUAUCAAUGUCUUUGUUGUUAAACAGUUAAUGUUUAUAUGAGGAAUGACAAACUGAAAUUUUAUUGUUUAAGGUGAAAUGGAUCUCUGGUCUCAUUCCAUACAAUGAAAGAGAAGGAUUGAUAGGUUGGCAAAAAACCUAAUUUUUAUGACAUUUUAUAUAAAUUAAAUUUAAAAAGGAUUAUGACUUCAGUGUAUCUCACAAAUACAAAUGAUAUGAUCAGAGUAGGUAUAAAAAAUAUGGGAGAUUAGAAUCACUGGUUUAUUUUGUAUGACCAACAUGAAACAAUAUAAAGAAUAUUGAGUAGAUUAAAAUUUAGUAUUUAAGAAAUUUCUUUGCGUCAUAUUCAGUAUGCAUGGCAUCCAUGUUAAAAAGAGUUCACACCUUUCUUGUUUUCCAUUUUCUCUUGUUUUAUUAGCCUUCUUUCACAUCCUAUGAGAACACAAUAUUUCAGAAAAAAAAACAGAAUUUGAAAUAACUGAUUUUUAGAUUAAAUUGUUAUUAAUGCAUACCUGUAUUUUCUGUAAAUUUAGGAUUUAACUAGACAUUUUUGAAAGUUUCAAGCAACAGGAAAUAAGGUGAAAAAACACAUUUUCAAAAUAUGCUUCAUCCCUGAAUUUUAUGCUGCCUGGAAACCUGCAAUGGCUGCCUCCAGUUUCAUAAUAAAUAUAUGCAGAAUGUAAGAUAUUGAAUUAUCAGAUUAUCAAUUUUAAACAAGCCAUAGAUUAUAGACAACCUUCAUUUGGACUUUUUCAUUUUAAUUUCUGUUUUCUAUCAAGAUAUACUUUUUGUUGGUGUUUUUAAUUUUAAUCGUGUUUCCAUAUAAGAUCGAUCAUGUGUUUGCUACUGCAGUUAAUGUAUAUAUUUGUCUAUAAAGAGAUGAUUGUGUAAGAUACGUGGAUUAUAAAGUCAUGUAUAAAAUUAUCAUUGGAAGAAGUUACAUAAUGCUUGUUAUUUAAGGAUACAGUGAAGUGGUACAUUCUCUUUUUAAGUGCCAUUUGAAACUGCAUUUAUUCAUUUCUUCAUUUAAGAAUAACUCUUCCUAUUAACAAUAGGUUAUUUAGUUAGAGUGUUUUUGUGGAAUUAUUUAUUAUUAAAGAUUCUUCCUUUCUGAAAUUUCAUCUAAUUGUGUGUUUUUUUUUUUAACUGAUUCAUUUUGAUUUUAAGUAAGUCAGUAUUUAUCUUGUUAGAUUGCACAUAAAUGAGAAAGAAUGUUGAUCUCUUUUAACUUUUUCGCUACUUUAUCAUUAACGAGUUUGUAAAGCCUGUUUCCAAUGUUAUAACCUUUUUUCUAAAGAAUUUUUUUUAAUAAACAGGAUCUUUCCAAUCUACUUAUACAUUUAAUGCUGGAACAGCCUUUACAACUUAUAAAUUUAUGAUAUUCAAUAUUAAAGAUAAAAGUUUUAGGAUCUCACAAUCAUAAGUAAAUUCUUUUUUCAAUUUUCCACUUCUUCUGUUUUUCUUUUUUCUUUUCAAAGUUUUCGAACUUCAUUCAUAGAAAUAUGUAUUUUCCCUCAAAGCUAGAUGGUAUGCACUUUAAACUUAGUUUUGUUGUAUUUUCACAACUGCUAUUUGGGCAUAUCAUGCACUAAUAAUGCAACUGUUUAUGAAAAUAUCUGACAAAAUCUUCUAGUAUACACUGUUUGAUUGACUUUUAUAAAGCAUUCAUUAUUAGCAUUUUAGGAGGUAAAUUUCUCAGAAAUUUGAUUGCUUGUGAUAAUGAAUAUAUGUGUUAUGUAAAAAUCAAGCGUAGAAAAUCAAAUGAGUUCAUCGAUAUUUGAGUUAUAUCAUAUUUUCAUGUCACUUCGCUGUUAAAAAUAUUUUGUUCAUUAAUUUGAAUAUUGUAUUUUUAUUUGUAUAUUAUGCUGACAUAUUUAAUCAGUCGUGAUGCUUUUUAGUUUGUAUGUGACAACCUUUAGAAAUAGGACUGUUUAUCUUGUAGCUUUGGUUAAAUGUUUAUUUUUUAUGUCCUAUAAUGUCCAUCUAGCAUUAACAUGGCACUGUUUAAAGGCAAUUUGAAAUAUUCCCUGUUUGUUAGUGUCCCAAUCUUUUUAAUUGACUGGAUAGUUAUAUUUAGGCUUAUGAAUUUCUGGGAACCAGGUAAUUAGGGUCUACAAAAUGAAGUUAGUGGAAGUCUGAAUAAUAUUAAUUGAAAAAGCAACCAUGUAUUUUUGAAACUAUGACUAAAACAUGGGCAUGUGAUAAUGGAGGUCCAAGUGGACUUUGAAACAGCAGCUUGUUACAAUCAGUACUUGUUGUUUUUAUUUUAUACCUGGAAUGUUGGAAUUUAAUACUUUCUGGUAUCCUGGCUAACCAUAGAAUCUUUAUCUAAGAGAUAUUGACAUGUUUUUUUUUUGUAAAGAUUUCAUAUUUGGUUGAAGUUCCAGGUAUAAAAUAAUUCUGGAAACAUAAACUAUUUUGAAUGUAAUAUUUACAUUUAUAUUGAUAUCUCAAUAAAAAUGUUCUACUUCCUUAAGGAAUAUAAUUGUCAAGAAAAUUUUUGAUUUGUAGGACUUUGUUUUUGGUGUUCAACAGUAACGAUGGAACAAUAAUUUUGUACAUUCAUUGUAGUAUACUGUAGUAUUUGUAUAAAAAAAGCUUUGUUGAACUAAUCAGAAAAAAAACUGGUGUUUAUACAAUUCACAGGAAGACCAGAAGUAUAUUUUGUUUUUUUUUCAUUUUCUUUCUUGGUUCUUUAUUUUACUGGAUAGAGUGGCAAGUUUAAUUCUCAAAUAUAAAUAUGUUUACAAAUUUGAGAUGAGAGAGAGAAAAAAUUAUUCAAAAAAGCAUUGACAUGAUCUAUUAUGAAUGAUACUUUUGAAAAGUGUUAAACAUGCAGUGUACUGAAGGAAGAACAGAAGAUUGGUUUGGUGUCAAUGAUUUAUAAUUAUUUAACAAUUGCCUUUUGAAAAAAUGAAAAAAAUCAUUUGAUUUAUUUAUUUUGUUAUUGUUUUGGACAUUCAGUUGGUAGUAUGCCUAUUUUUCAACAGCAAUUAUAUUACAUUUAUAAUAAAAUAAAGUAUCAUUCUCAGUUCUCUAUGAUGGGUAAAAUUAAAACCAGCAAUUUAAAGGGGAUGUUGCUUCAAACAUGAAAGUAUGUUAAUAUGUGUAAUAUUAUAAAACAAAUUGGUUUUGUUUUUUUGAUUUUAUUAUUGUAAUUAUUAAUACACUUAAGCUUUCUUAAGUAAGGCACUUUAAAGCCAACUUAUAUAGACAUAUUUCUUAGUAUGGACAAGAAAUGUAAAUAUUAUUAUUUCUGUUGGUGGCUGCUGAAGGGUUUUAAAUGCUUUCUUUGAAUAUCACACAUGUUUAAAAGAACAUGAACUGAUCUCAAUCUGGUGAUUGGGGUAAAAUAAUAGAAUAGUUGAAUGUAUUUCUUCCAGAGUUUUUUUCUACAAUAUUUUCCUUGUUUGUCAUGACAGUGCUAUUGUUAUUCUAUGUUGAGAGUUGUUACUUGUUAACUGUCAAACAUACAGAUACUCUGUAUAAAACUGUAGUGCUUUGUUUACAUUACAUUUUGGCAUGUUUAUAUACAACAAUGAUAUUUAUUGAUCACCAUAACAAGCCUUGGAGAUCUGUUGAUUAUCUAUUCACCUUGAUGUGCUAUGAAGAAAAUAAUGGUCAGACAACACAAAUAAACCAUGUGCUUUAAGGAUUUGGUGUGACUUAAACUACUAUUUAUAAGUUAUAUUAAAGUUGUUAUUUACAACAUUUGAAUUGUUUACCGUCUGGUUAGUUUCAACGUUGCAUAAUUGUGUUUUGAAUACUGUGAAUUCAUUAUUAUUCAUGAGAUAUCAAUUUUGGUGGAUUUCAUCGUUAUAGAUGAACCACGAAUUUAAAUGUUCAACGAAUUACAAAAUUUCUAUAGAUUUAAAGCAGACUUUGGCAAAAACAUAAAGUCAAAUAUCCACAAAAAUACAAAUUUUUACUCAAUCCACAAAAAUUGAUACCCAUGAAAACAACUGAAUUAACAGGACAUUGAAUAUUUGAUGACGAUUGUUGUUUGUUCUCUGUUUUGUAAAUUUUUCCCUUCCAUAUAUACCCCAGAACAUUAGAUCAUUUGAUAAUAUGGAUGAAAUGUUCUGUAAACAUUGCAUUGUUUGUAUGUUUUGGAAAUUAUUGUAUUUUGUGUGUGGAAGCAUGAUGAUACUGAGAAGCUUGUACACCAAAAUAUUUGUAAUAAAUUAAAUUGAAAACUU